AUGACUACUGGAGACGAGUACCAAUUAGAACAUUUGAUUUCUAAAAGAGCAGAUGCUAGAGAAAAAAUCCAUUUCACUACUGUGGAUUUAACCAAACAACCAAAAGAUUUUAAACCCCAUGAUAAACCCUUACAUUUAAGUUGGGGAACACCUAAUGAUGGAUUUUUCCCUGUCAAUUCUAUUUCUGUUGAAAUCCAAGAUUCUCCUUUUGAAAGUUCUUUGAACUUCCAUCAUACUAAUAAUUCUUUAGAACAAUUACCUAAAGAUUUGAAAAAAUUGGAUUUAAGUCUUGAAAAAGAUAAGAAAUCAGUUAAUAUUGUUAAAAGAGGUGAAGACAAAAGUUUGAUUGAUAUCAGACAAGGAUUUCAAUAUUCGAUGCAUUCAGGAAUGGAUCAAUUGAAUCAAUUUUGUAAAGAUUUCAUUGAAAGAGUCCAUAAACCUGGUUAUAAUGAAUGGACAACUACUUUAUCUACUGGAGCUGGAGAUGGGAUUUUGAAAACCAUGGAUGCAAUUUUAAAUCCAGGAGAUGUAGUAUUAAUGGAAGAAUUCACUUUUGUGCCAAGUUUGAUGAUGAUUAGAGAAUGUGGAGCUACUGGGGUUCCAAUCAAAUUAAGUGUUAAUUCUCAUAGUGAAGGGAUUGAUUUAGACUAUUUAACCAAUUUAUUAGAGAAUUGGGAAACUUUAAAACCUGGUAUGAAUAAGCCAAAAGCUUUAUAUACUAUUCCAACCGGUCAAAAUCCAACUGGAUUAACUCAAUCAGUUGAGUUCCGUAAAAAAGUUUAUGCUUUAGCAGAAAAAUAUGAUUUUAUUAUUAUUGAAGAUGAUCCUUAUGGAUACUUAACUUUACCACCAUUCAAAAAACCUGAUGGAGUAGUUAAAUUAGAUGAAUUUAUCACUGUUGAAGAAUAUUUGAAAGAUCAUGUAACUCCAUCUUAUUUAACCAUUGAUACUAAAGGAAGAGUGUUAAGAAUUGAAACUUUUUCAAAAUUAUUUGCUCCAGGGUUAAGAAUUGGAUUUAUUGUUGGACACAAAAGACUUAUUGAUGUUAUCUUAAGAUAUGCUGCUGUGGUAACUAAAUUCCCUUCAGGUGUAGCUCAAACAUUAUUACAAAAUGUGUUAUACCAAAAAUUUGGAGGUGUUGAUGGAUGGAUUGAAUGGAUUUUAAAAAUGAGAGCUGUUUAUAUCCAUAAAAGAAACUUAUUGAUCAAUGAGUUGGUUAAAUCCACUAUCUAUGAAAAGGGAUUGAUCGAUAUCAUUGAUCCAAAAGCUGGUAUGUUCAUUUCUGUAGUUUUGAAAUUCCCUGAAGGAACUGAUGUUCAAGAAAAAAUCGAUUUAUUGAAUUUUAAAUUUGCAUCUUUUGGUGUUGGAGUUGUUCCAGGAUUAAAUAUGGCUGUUGAUAAAAAAUUCAGUAUUGAAAGGGGUUCAUUCUUCAGAUUAACUUUUGCACCAUUGAAUAAUGAUGAAGAAGUGGUUGAAGCAUCUAAAAGAUUCGUUGAUGCUGUAGAAGAUUUCUUUGCCAAAGGAUUAGAAUAUUAA